UUAAACUUUUGCUUUUCAGCUGGUUGUCUGUCAAGACGAGCAGAUGCUAUUAAAAACUGGGAGGAUUUUCUUAAUAAAUACCUGGAAGUUUGUAACAAUAAUGAAUACAAUAAAGAGACAAAUCCUAAGGGAUACGUUAACCUCGCAACUGCUGUCAAUAAUUUAUGUCUGGAUAUUAUUUAUCCAAGACUCACAAGCAAAGAUGUUUGGCACUGUGAUUCAUCCAUGUUGCUGUAUAGAGAGGGUUAUGGAAUAUUGAGACUGAGGAAGGCGCUGGCUAAUAUAAUGACAAUAUUCUUGGAAACUCACAAGCCAGUACAGCCAACUGAUCUUUUCUGCACGGCUGGUGUUACUAGCUGUAUUGAUCUUCUGAGCCACUGUAUUGCUGAUCCAGGAGAUGUGAUUCUAGCUCCUACUCCAAUAUACAGUCGGAUUUACACUGAUCUUAAACAAAGAUCAGAGGUGGAUUUAUGGCCAAUUCCAAUCAUAUCGAAAGAUAAUGAAGAAUUGACACCUUUACUUACUAUCGAUAAAGUGGAAAAGGCGUAUGCUGAUGCUCUUUCGAAGAAACGAGUGGUUCGGGGAAUAUUUUUAAUCAACCCAAAUAAUCCUCUUGGCGAUGUUUAUAGCCCUAAAUUAGUGAUGGAUAUUUUAGUGUUUGCCAAGAAGCACAACCUACAUGUGAUAGUGGAUGAAUUAUAUGCACUUUCAGUGUUCCCCGAUGGACCACAGUAUCACAGUGUUUUAAAAUUUCCUGAGAUUCCUGAUCCCAUGAGAACACACGUUCUCUAUGGUUUAAGUAAGGAUUUUGGUUUAGCUGGAUUGCGGAUAGGUGUAAUCCAUACUCGAUGCAAAGAACUGCAAAACUGUCUAAUUCAACUUUCCUUUUUCCCAAAUAUUCCUUACCCUAUUAUGGAUAUAGCAGCAAGAUUUUUAGAAGACUUAGAAUGGUGUAAAACAUACAUCGCUGAAUACAAAAGACGCUUGCUAGCCAAAUUCACCUCAUGCUCGACACAUUUGAAGAAAUUAGGAAUUAAUAUAAGAGAUUCAAAAGGUGGCCUCUUUCUGUGGGUUGACUUUCGCUCUGUAUGCGGUUCAAAAUCUUUUAAACAAGAGAGAGACUUUUUCCUGUACCUUCUAAAUGAAGUGCAUUUAUACAUUGUUCCUGGAGAAGAACUUUUUUCAGCUCAACCAGGAUGGUUCAGAAUGACUUUCAGUGGUAAUCCGGAUCAUUUGAAAGAAGGAUUAAGACGCCUCGAGGAUGCCAUAAAGAACUAUAAACCCCUGGAUGUGUAGCUGGGAUCUUUCUGAUUUAUAACUUGGUUUUCCACAUAGAAAAAUGGAAAUGAAGAUAAGAUAUCAAAGAAUUCGUUUCAAGGUGUAUGUAACAGCAAUUCCUACGAACUUUUCUCCAAAGUAUGGAAACACACAAUUAUUAAACGUACUGAAAAUUCCAGCUUAAACUUUUCAUUACUUCCAUUUAACUAGCCCCCCCCCCCAAAAAAAAAAAGAACUGAUAC